AUGAGGCACUGUUACCGCGUGGUUCGACCUGUGCUCUGGACUGAUCCUCAGCUUUGCAACAGCUCUAUCUACACGCCUCUGCAAUGCUUUCAAGCCCUUUUAUCCUUAUUCAAGGCCAAAGCCAUCCUUCCAGAGACGACACAGAUGAUUCAUCGCCUGGAUAUAUCAUCUGUCGAAGAAACUCUUUACAGCACCCUUCCCGAUGACUGGCUCCUUAUUCUCUUAAGCAACACACCCAAUCUGCACACACUCUGCCUUUCUGGCAAGAAAACAGGCUCUUCCUUCGUCCAAAGCCAUGCGUUCCGCAAGCUAGAAAGAGCAGGUUUAGUCCAUCGUGGCAUGGAAAAUCUGGAUUUAAGCGAGUGCACUGACAUUCGCGAACCUACCCUCAAAUCCUUUGUUCAUCUUUUCCCAAAUUUGGUCUCUCUCAAUUUGAGCAAGACCUCAGGCGUAACGGAUACAGCCGUAGCCUUGAUCGUUGACAGAUGUCAAUACCUUAAAACCAUCAAUUUAUCAUAUUGUCGACAGGUAACUGAUCUAGGAUUACUUUCAGUCGCCAAAUUCUGUCGACUCAAUCUUCGCUCCCUCAAUUUGACAGGCAAUCUCAAGAUUACAAAUACCUCCUUGAUGGUUGUCGCAAAAAACUGCCCCAAAAUUCAAAAGUUGUUUCUGGGCGAAUGUAGCCAGGUCACUGAUGCCGCCAUGGAAUGGAUCGCACAAUCCAAUUCAAGUGACUCUUUAAAGGAAUUAGAGCUACAUCGUUGUGACAGAGUUUUGUUCGGAUUACCUUUACUGGAGUUACUCGCGAGAAAAUGUAUUGUACUAGAGCGACUUACAAUCACAUACAACCAGAUCAACUCACGACGAGACGAUCUUAAACUUGUAAUGGAAGCGUUUCGCGAUUUCCACCAACUACAAAUAAUCGAUAUUUUUGAUGUACCAGAGCACAGUCCUGCAUUGUUUUUUUGGGAUCUUGCGUUCAAAGGGAGCCGUGGGCAGUUGAAAGUCAUAAAUUUACAUCGAGGAAUGUUUGUCACCGAUUACAUUUUAGGAAACUAUGCUGUCGCAUUUGAGCACGACCAAAACAUCUCCGACCAGACCGUCCGCAAGUUCAAUGAUCAACGGAAUGGCGCCAGAAAGGCUAUCAUCAACCUCAACAUGGACGAUCUUUACUAA